AUGAUUCCAAAUGGCCACGUCUCUGAAUUUGAGACCGAACAAGAAUCCAUUACCGUGUACAAUGCCAAAUCCGUAUCGGAAAUUCGAGCUGCUCUGACAGAGCUUCACGAAAAGGAAGCGACAGUGACCUCUCAACUCGAUGCCUUGGUCAGCGCACAAAAAGAUCUUCAGCGUGAACUGGGUCGACUUGACCUGUUUCGUAUAAAUGCCACUGCCCAAGCCUCCAAAGUUAGAGCCGUCAGCAAUGGCAUGCUUUCCGACGCCGCCUCGAAUGCGAAGCGCAUCUCAAAUUCGGUCAAGAAGCUUGACCUCGAGCAGGAAAGGGUCAAAGCCACGCUCACUGUCGUCGAACAGGUUGGCGAGUUGAAGGCCUGCGUCUUAGGCGUCUCAGGCUCCAUGGGUGCGGCUCAAGAUUGGGAAACUGCUGCUAGUUAUCUGAGCAGGGCUUCGAAAAUCCCCGGCGAAGUCGUCAAUGGGUCCUUUGCCGCACGAGUGGUGCCGACGGCUGAAGUCCCAGACACCCCAGCUGUCACCCUGGAAACCGCCUCAGAAUCUUUGUGUAAUUUGUUCCUCCGGGAAUUCGACAAGGCGGUCAAGGAGAAUGACGGUGCCCGCAUCACGCGAUUCUUCAAAUUGUUCCCGCUCAUCAAUCGAUCUGACGUGGGUCUGGAUGUAUACGGCCGCUAUGUCUGCCAGGGAGUGGCUACUCGAGCUCGAAGCAGCCUCAAUGCCGGUACCGGAGGAAAUCAAAGCAAGGAUGGAUUCUUUUAUGCGAAUGCCCUGACCCGAUUGUUCGAGCAUAUUGCACAGAUCAUCGACGGCCAUGGUGGACUGGUCGAACGACACUACGGACCCGGCAAGCUGGCUCGAGUCAUCGAGCGGCUUCAAGUCGAAGCUGAUCUUCAAGGGGGGAUCAUUCUUGACACAUGGAGUGAUGAAAGGAGGAUCGAUCGCCAGCUCACCGACAUCAAAUCAUACGCCUUCACAUUCCUGGUUCAAAGCUUCAUGCCCGCACAGCGGGGAUCUACCGGCACACCUCGUACCAAUUCUCCUGCACCAGGUCGUGGCAGCGAGGACGAGUCAGUCGACAUGAGACAAGUAGAUGCUUUACUCAACGAGAUGGCCCUCAUGCUAGGCAAAUGGUCCCUCUACACCAGAUUCAUAUCCGACAAAUGCCGUGAUCCCAACAGCGCCAACGGUUCUCUCCACAUGCCACCUUUCCUCCUCAACUCGAGCUUGAUGAGAAAGGUUCACGACAAACUCCUCUCACCAUUCAACACCAUGACAACAUUCUUCUUCCGCCGCUCCGUCGAAAAGGCUUUCCAACUGGAUGAACAGCCACCUGACCUAUCUCUGAACCCACAUAAGCCGCUUAACUCUAAUCCUCCGCAUGUCACCUCCGCCAUCGAAGAUAUCAUGUACAUUGUCAACAAAGUCCUCCAGCAAUCACUGGCUACUUCACAGAAGCUGGUCGUCUCCAACGUGGUCCCAACCCUCGGUCGAGUGCUCGGCUCCGAUUUCAUCGGCAUGGAACAACGCAAGAUGCGCGACGAAAGCUAUCCCAAAGCCGCGAUCCAAGGACAACUCCCCCCCGAAGCGACCAUCGUGGCCUUUCUCGUCCUCAUCAACAACCUCGACGUAGCCAAAGACUACGUCGAUCAAAUCGUCCGUGCCCGUCUAGAGAUCACCCCGGGCUCUCCCCAUCAACCGCUCGAAGACCUGUUUCCGGAAGAGGGCGAAGCGGAAGCGAUCGCCGCAACAUUGAUCUCAUUUUCGACCAUCUUCUCAGAUAAAGCCAACGAACUCGUCUCCGACGGCAUCAACGUCGUCUUCCACAAUGUGAUGAAGCCCCGCUUGCGCCCCAUCCUAAUGGACGCCUUCCGCGACACCGACUACCAACUUAGCCGAGAACAGCUCCAAGAGCUCGCAGCCGAAAUGGACGGCAAUGCCGCAACGGACGGCUUCUCCGACGAAGUGCGCAUGCGCUUCCAGCUCGGUUGGGACGCUCUGACCAAACCCAUCGGACGCAUCAUGACAGAGCGAACCUUUGAUCAGCUUCUGGCCAUUGUCGUCACGUACCUGAGCAAAAUGAUCGAGAAGCGCCUGUGGACGUAUCACGGACGAGUCAACGACGUUGGCGCGGCGAGGCUGGAGCACGACGUCAACGAAAUCGUCAAGGUGGUGGUCAAGGGCCAGAAGUAUAGUUUUCGAGAGGCGUUUUUGCGAUGUAGCCAGAUUUGCAUGAUUAUGAAUAUGGAUGAAGAAGAGUGGGAGGAGUCGAUCAAUUCUGGGAGCGAGUUUGCGGACAAGCUGAGGCCGGAAGAACGUGUUAGAGCCAGAAAUAUGGUGAAAGAAUAUGCUUGA